GUUUUCUGGAAAACCAUCAGCGACAAAAGACAAUGCAAAUUACUAUUUUAACCCUUGCUACAAUUUUUCAUACAAUGUAGCUAACAAAUGUUUACCCUGUACAGAUGUAGCUGCAUGUAGAAUCACAGCAACAAAGCAGGAAGUGAUAGGUUUACAAAAUCCGAAAUUUUGGGAGACUGCUACGGGAGCCAUUGCUGUUAACUAUUCUGCUUCCUCCUCAUCUCCACCUCGCUCAAAGAAUUUGUUGGUUUUUCUUGAAUGUAACAAGUCUGCAACAGCUCCUGUUUUGAGAGUAAAAGGAUGUGACCCUUGCCAAGGCAAUGCCUCUACGAAUUUUACAAUGACUUUACAUGGGAAGGAAGUUUGUCUUCAAAUCCUAAACGAGGACAAUUCAUCAGGGAUAUCUACUGGUAGCGUUUUACUUCUAAUAUUUUUGAUAUCGGUUCAAGUCUACCUUACCAUUGGAAUCCUGUAUAAUAUCUGUAUAGUUGGCGCCAAAGGAAAAGAAGUUAUACCAAACAUCGCGUUUUGGCAAGAUGUGCUCUCACUUAUCAAGGACGGAUGUCUCUUCACCUUCAACUGCUGCAGAGUAAAUGUAAACUACGACAAGCUGUAGCAAAACCAACCAAAGAAAGGCUCACUCAAUUUGAGGAAUCAGGACAUUACCAUUAGAAUUGGACCGGCCACAGUCUUUUAUCACUAAAUUAUACCAUUCAAUUAUUUUGAAGUAACAUUGAAAUGUCUCUCAUAAACGUUUAAGAUACAUAUUUGUACAUUUUUUGUCUGUAUGUACUAUGUUUACAAACAUUGAAUCAUUUCCAGAUGAAAUCAAUAUAUUUUUUCUAAAGUGUGUGUGUGAAUAGUUCCAACCGGCGUUUUUCUUCUUUUUUAUUGUAUCAACAACAGUUGUGAAAUGUUCGUUAAAGAUUAGAUACGUUCUGAAAUAAUGUUAGCCCGAAUCAAAUGUAUUGUAUCAACCAUACUAAAAAUCAAACUACUACUAAGUUUGGCUGUGUUAUGCAAAAGAUGUGAGGCUUCUUAGGUCUCUUUUUUAUCUAAUUUCGGAAAAACUACCAAAUUAGCACAACUUGAUACAGUGAUAUAGGAUGACAUUAGGGAGGUGGACCCCCUUCUAAUUUAAUAUCCGGGGUAGCAGAGUAAAACUAUGAUAUCGUACAAAAUACUUUUCCUCAUUUCUUGACCAAUCAGCAACAAACUAAUUCCAUAUCUAAUAUCGAAAAACCUAUCAAUGUUGUAUAUUCCUUAGCAUCAGAAUGAACUAUGUAACCAUAAUUGUUAGAAUUCUUGAAAACAGUAUGUCUUUCUUUUCAGUCUUGGUACCUUUAUCUAUUUGUAUUGCACUUUUGAUGUUUAUUUGUCAAGAAAAAAAAAUAGAAGCACAAUUUCCUAUCCUUUGUAACAAAUAAGUUUAUAUUUCACCCGUCCAACUGACGGGUACUCCAGCUAGUAGUCAAAUGAAGAAGAAAAACGAAAUUGUUUUUAUGAACACAAGAAUGAAGAAGCAUGUUUUAUUUUUUCAUCUAUAUAAAUAAAUGAACAAAGAAACAACGAACUUUCUGUUUCUCU